AUGAUAAAUAAUAAUAAAACAUCUUCUAUAUUUUUUAUUAAAAAUUCAGUUGAAAAUCUUAAAAUAAGAGUAACAAUUGAAAAAUUAGGUACAAUACUUAGUGGUAUAUAUCUCUCAAAUAAUGAUUCAAAACCAAUGACAUCAGGUACAACUUCAAGUAGAACUCAAACAUCAAUAGGUAGUGGUUUUGAAGAUUAUACCUCAAAUUAUCAUUAUAAUUCUGGAAAUGGGCAGGGAACAAGUCAAAUAAUUGAAAGAACCAGUUUUUAUUGGGGUGAAUUAUUAGAGAAUAACUUUAGAAAUGAGGAAAGUUUUAACAUUAGUAAUGAUAAAUCUUUGAAUGAUAAUGAUGAAUAUGAUAAUAAUAAUAUCAUACAAAGAAAUAGAAUAUUUUCUAUUAUUGUAAAUAAUGAAACUUCUUCAACUUCCUUAUCAUCUAUUGAGGAGAAUGAAUUUAAAGAAAAAACAUUUUUAAUACGUAAUGCUAAAAUUAAACCUAUAAAUUUAAUAACAAAAAAAUCAAAAAUAAUUGAUAUUCCAACAGAUAAACAAAAAUUUGAAGGUAGACAUGUAAAUGGAACAAAAGAAGAGAUGAUAAUCAAAGUAUAUUUAGGUACCAAUGAUAAAUAUGGUAAUAAUUAUGAUGAAACUCAAGAAUUUACUGUGGCAAAUUUAUUAUUAAUAAAUAAAAAAAUGUUAAUAAUUAAUAAUAUAAUUAUAAAUGAAGGUAUGAAAAUUCAAGGUAAAGAUGGUUUUUAUAAAAUUUUUUUUGAAAUAAUUGAUACGGUAGUACUUAGUAAAUUAAGUCAUGACAAUGAAAGUUUUACAUUAUUUUUGUCUGAUGAUGAUAAUGAUGAAAAAUUAUAUAAUGAGAUUGAUAAAAAAUUUUUUGCAAAUAUUUGUUAUCUUUUAACAAUACAAAAAACAGAAUUAUUUCCAUAUAAUGGUGUGUAUGUUGAGUAUGUUAUUGAAUUACCAGAAAAUAUGUCAUUAACUACAAAAGAUAACUCAAUAUUGAUGGGGAGGACUCAUGUUUCAAGAAAUAAUUAUAAUGGUGAAUCAUAUUUUUCAUUUCCAAUUGAAUUGAAUUGUUUAUUACAAUUAACUGAAAAAUUUUCAUCCUUUCCUAUGAUAUAUUUUAGAAUUUGUUCAGAAGAUGAAUAUAAUUCAUUUCAUAUUAAUGGAUAUACAUCAAUUUCUCUUCCAUUUCAAUCUGGACAUUAUAAUCAUAUACUAACUUCCUGGUGUCCAAUUGAAAAAGAUUCAAAUUAUAGUCAAUUUUAUAAUUUAUUUCUUGGUGAGUCAACAGAUAUUAAAGAUGUAACAAAACAAUUUAUUAGAAAUAAGACUUGUUCAAGUACAAUUGGUAUUCAAACAGAAAGUAGAGGUAAUUUACAUUUAACUGUUUCAACAAUUAUUCAAAGUAAACACUUAAUUCUUAAUGAUGAAAUAUCUUCAUUAAAGUAUUCUGUCAUAAACAAAGGAUAUCACACAAAUUUAUCAUUGUAUAUGAAAAUUAAAAAAGUUUUGAUUGAUUUUGAAAAAGCUAGAAAUUCACUUUUACUUUUAAAAAAUAAACAAAUUUAA